AUGGCGCGCACAGAAACCACAGUAUCCAGAGAACGCAUCAGCGUCAUACGCCGCUACCCCUGGCCCGAAAAUCUACUCAAUUGGUGGACCAUCGUCAUGCUAGCCACCGGCGGCCUGCUCACCGGUGUGUUUGGCGAUUUCAUGAGUAUCCAGAGCAGAAUGGGAUUGGGAACGCCUUGGCUAUUCCCCUACGCCGUUACCGUGGGCUCACUCACCCUCUUCUUUGUGAUUCUCAUGAUCAUAUUGCUGGCGCAGAAGAAGUUGCAGCCUGCGUGGGUCAUGCUGGGCACGUUCAUCUUGAUUGCGCUGUUCCUGGCUGGUCUGAUCGAGACGGCUAUUCAGUUGUUUGGAAACGGCAACGUAAACUCCUACUGCAACCGCUACGUCAACAACAACAACAUCCGCGGCGUCUCCAUCGAUACCCUAGCCUGGUUAGAGCAAAAUUCCAUUUGCUCGCAAUGGGAUGCUGCAUUCGCCUUCUGGAUCAUCGGUCUGGUGUUUUUGGUCUGGAUGAUGGUUAUGGCUGCUCAGGUGAAUAACAAGCGUGGUUUUUAUGAUUGA